UUUCAGUUAUGAAAUCUCUCUCUGUCUGCCAAACCCUUUUCUCUCCAGCAUCAUCCUCCCACCUCUCUCUCUCUCUCUCUCUCUCUCUCACGCUCUCUCUCUCCACGAUUCUCCCCAUCUCCGGCAACGUUAACCGCGUUUGUAUCGGCCUCUUCAAAGCUCAUACUGCACUGCACACUGGUUCUGGUCUUGUGAUGCUAGAUGGUGCAAGGAACAUCAACUUCCUCCUAGGAUGGCUGUAAGCUUCAAAUUUUGGGAUGAUUGUGUGGAUCCUGAAGACAUGGAAGAAUUGUGGAUGGAUCCUGAGGUGAGUAAGGAAUGGAUAGAUGUUGGAGAAACCAAAGGACAGAAAGUUCACCUGUUACGAGAUCCUGAUGGACAGCCUUAUCUGACACAAACUGAAAUGAAGGCUGUGGCUGGUAUUAUUUGUCGGAGGCACUUUAAAGCACAAAUUGAUGUGGACAUGAUUUGUGCUAUUGCUGAAAUUGGAAGUGGCAGACACCUCCUUGCUGAGCGCUAUCAUCGGAAAACCAAGGAGACUACUAUUGGUCUCAUGCAACUGCUGCCAGAAGCUGCAGAAUGGCUGUUUAGGGAGAUGGGUUAUCGGAUCUACGAGAUAGAGGGAAACCCAACACUGCUAUAUAGGCCUUUCAUAAGUGUGUAUCUUGGUGCUGCUUAUAUAAAAUAUUUAUCUGGUUUUGAAGGAAAGGAAAGAAGUGAAGAGUUUGUAGUUAGAUCUUAUAAUGGUGGGACAAAAAAGGCAACUCACAAGUCAACAUUGGAUUGUUGGCAACACUAUCUUUCUGCCAAGGAGAGUCUGCCAUCCAAGAGAGAACCACAAAUCUCUGAUAAUCAUGCCAUGUUAGCUCAUGCUCCUGGUCCCCCUGCACAUGUUUCAUCGAAGGCAGGUGAUGCAUGGACAUACUGGGAUACAAGAGCUUCACCAGAGGAUAUGGAAGAGAUGUGGAAGCAUCCCGAUGUCCUCAAAGAGUGGACAGAAUCUGGAGAGAGAAGAGGAAAAGUACGCUUUUCGCAUGACACAGAGAAAAGACCAUACCUUUCCCGAGCGGAAGUGAAGGCAGUUUCCGAGAUUAUUAUCUCAAGACAUUUCAACAGGAAGGGAGUACGACCUACAGUUUUAGCUGCCAUCGCUGAGCUUCGUAGCAUGCGGUUUGUGAAUGGAGUGGGUCCACAUAGUGGAAUAAUGGGAAUUGAGUAUCCCCUUGCUUUGUGGCUUUACAAGGAUUUGGGCUAUAAGGCCUACAAAGUUACCUCUGUAGAGGAUCUUUCCCAUCCAUUCAUAUCCAUGUACUUUGGUGCAGCCUACUUGAACUGGCUAUCAGAAUAUGAAGGGAGGCAAAGAACUCAUCAGUUCAUCGUUCAAGCUUAUCUUGGAGGAGGGCCGGAGAAAGUUAAUCUUCAGGAGACAGGCCCGUAUUGGACUAAAUUUCAAGAAGCCUUGUGCUAUUAUGAAGACCCAAAGAAGGAACAAUGGAGCUGCUCCAUUUUAUAAGAUAACAUCUUUAGUACUGGAAAGUCUUCAAGGUCACUCAGCUGCUUCUAUUGAAACUUUCCAUGCAUUUGAAGUCGGAUAUUUCUAAAUGGAGCAUGCAGAGGAGAAGGUUCUUGCAUAAGUUGUGCCUAAGUUCGAUUUGGAAGAAGGGAUUAUUUUGAGAAGUGGAUUGCUUUCGAAUCUGAAAUGAAUGCUAGGAAUUGAUGUGGAUGUGUAUUGUGCUUUUGAAAACUUCAAAACAAAGGUUGUCAAGAAAAAUCCUGUGUUAAUACAUAUUGUUGAGUUUUUUGCCCUUU